UUGUAAUAUAUAUUUGUAUUGUAAUAAUUUCACAUUUAAUCUUCAAAUUAAUGCAGAAACAACAUAAAGACGGUAUACUUAAUGAACCAGUUAGAACCCAGUUUAUUUAAUGGCAUCUUUUUGUGGAUGAAGGCCAAUAUCACCAAUAUCAAUACUGAUAUUUGUCUCUAUGCAUUUUUUUUUUAUCAGUUUUAUUCAUUAAUUAUAGCCGUUCAACAUUACAGUAUAAUUGAAAGAUAUCAACUUUAACAUUUAUUAGGCUCUUAAUUUAAGUGCACUUAAAACAAUUUUCACAAUGUCACAUUUAGCUGUGCCUUUAAUAUAUCAGGUUUUUUUUUUUUUCUACUGGCCUAGUCAGACUGGUUCAGAUUUUUACUUGCCCUGCCAAAAUGCACAAAGUUAUUGUUUUCAUUGUUUUGUUUCCAUGUAAACUUGUAAACAGUGCUUUAAUAUUUUCAGGUAUGUCUAACAGGAAAUAAACAGAAAUAGCCUAGUCAAACACUUUACAGCCUUCUCUAAAUUAUGAACAGAAUAUAGAUUGAUCAUUUUUAAAGUCAAGAGCAGUGAGUGAUUUUCUCUUUUUCUUUUGUUCUUUGACUUUGAUUCACAUUAAUGACAGACAUCACAGCAGCAGCGGCAGCAGCAGAGCAGGAAGCAGAGACACAACCGCAGACUGCUGCUCACGUACAGCCACAUAGAGAUGACUUCCUAAAACAGACAGGCAGCUCUCGGACUGGAGGAAGCUAAAAGACAGUCACAUCUUACGAGGCUGAGCUCGGGAAGGUGGGAAAUGGAGAAGCAGCAGCAUUCGUCGGGUUCGGAGACUCCGGUGCUGCCGCCUGUGCCGCGAAAACCCCGAAACCUCGGAGGAGGAAUCCCUGCAUCUCGACAAGACAGCGUGGAUUCGUUAGACAGUCCUACCGGAUCUCAUGUAGAGUGGUGUAAACAGCUGAUAGCGGCCACUAUCUCCAGCCAGAUCUCUGGUGGUGUCCCUCCAGAAGCCAUUCCCCGUGAAUGCAAGUCUCAGGACUCUGGUGAAGAUGGCUGUCAGUUUGACAGUGACUAUGAACUGCCGUCUCACACUACGCAAAUAUUCAGGGAUGCACGAAAGCAAGCGCCCAUGGAUGAAGUCCCACUGGUCCCUGGAGAGACGAUCACAACCACUGUUAAAGAUGUGAUGUAUAUCUGUCCUUUCUCUGGAGCUGUGACCGGCACACUUACAGUCACGGACUACAAACUCUACUUUGUCAGUCUAGAACGGGACUUUCCUUUCAUAUUGGAUGUGAACCUGGGUGCUAUCAGCAGGUUGGAGGCUAUCAGUGUACAGAGUCUUGGGGAGAAUACUAGUGGCAUGGAGAUCGUCUGUAAGGAUAUGAGGAGUCCCAGGUUUGCUUAUAAAAAGGAGCCACAGAGUAAUUUGGAGAUUUUAGAUGUGUUGACAAAGUAUGCCUUCCCCCUGUCCAAUGAACUGUCCCUAUUCGCCUUCCAAUACAAAGAGCAAUUUCCCGUGGAUGGAUGGAAGGUUUAUGAUCCAGUGGCUGAGUAUAAAAGAAUGGGUUUGCCAAAUGAGAGCUGGACCAUCAGUAAGAUCAACAGUAAUUAUGAAGUGUGUGACACUUACCCUGCUCUACUCGUUAUCCCAACAAGUAUUACUGAGGAUGAAGUCAAACGAGUGGCCUCUUUCAGAGUGAAACAUCGUAUACCAGUCCUCUCAUGGAUCCACCCAGAAACUCAAGCCACUAUAGUGCGCUGUAGUCAGCCCAUGGUGGGCCUGACAGACCGCCGGUGUAAGGAGGAUGAGCAUUACCUCCAGACCAUCAUGGAUGCCAAUGCGCAGUCCCAUAAACUCACCAUAUUUGAUGGUCGGCAGAGGAACGUGGCUGAUAAUCACAAGGCUAAAGAUGGAGGUUAUGAGAAUGGAAAUUUCUACCCCAACAUGGAGCUGAAAUUCCUGAAGAUUCCAAACAUUCAUGUUAUGAGAGAGUCUCUGCGUAAGCUGAAGGAGGUGGUCUACCCCAUCAUUGAUGAUCAGCGCUGGCAUUCAGCCAUAGAUGCCACACACUGGCUGGAGCACAUACGGCUUUUGCUUGCGGGUGCGGUGCGGAUUGCAGAUAAGGUUGAGUCGAGUAAGAGCUCUGUGGUGGUGCACUGCAGUGAUGGCUGGGACCGCACAGCUCAGCUCACCUCUUUGGCCAUGCUGAUGCUGGACUCUUACUUCAGGACUCUCAAGGGCUUCCAGGUGCUGCUGGAGAAGGAAUGGAUCAGCUUCGGACACAAGUUUGCUGCGCGUGUUGGUCAUGGAGAUGAAAAUCAUGCAAACUCUGAGCGCUCGCCUCUAUUUGUGCAGUUUAUAGACUGUGUUUGGCAAAUGACGAGACAGUUUCCCUCUGCCUUUGAGUUUAAUGAGCUCUUCCUCAUCACCAUCCUGGAUCACCUCUACAGCUGCCUGUUUGGUACAUUCCUUUACAACAGUGAACAGGAGCGAGUGGAAAAGGAAGUGAACAGUAAGACUGUGUCUUUGUGGUCCUACAUCAAUAGCCAGCCAGAGGACUUCACCAACCCCUUCUAUGUGGACUAUGAAAACCAUGUGCUGUACCCCUUGGCCACUCUAAGGCAUUUGGAGCUGUGGACUGGAUACUACGUACGCUGGAACCCCCGCAUGAGACCACAGAUGCCUGUGCACCAGAACCUGAAGGAGUUGCUGUAUCUGCGUGCAGAGCUUCAGAGGAAGGUGGAGGAGUUACAGAAAGAAGUAUCUUCAUCCCGCUCAGUCUCUUCUUCAUCAGAGCAUGCGUAUUCUCCCUCAAAUGGCGGUACACCCCUACACACCUCUGUGUAACAUACAUGCAAUGUAUGCAAUUAACAGAAUGUGUGGUAGGAAUCUGUAGGUUACAGUAAACAUGGUAAUGUGAUGUCUAAGUCUAUUGGCCAUUUGUCACUGGAUAAUGCUUCGGGCAGGAUGUAUAGAGGGCCAGUGUAUAUACAUGUGAAAACUUGCAUGAACACCCAAAGGGAGGACAGUCCGUGGAAACAAUUAUGUGGGAAGACUUUUAAGUUGGAGUUUCAUUUCGGUUGUGUUUUUUAAAGUGUAGACUUCCUUCUAAACAGAGAAUCAGAGCAGCUUUUGAUUGUGAUUCAGUUUCUGAAAAAUAGGCCAGUAUUUUAACUUGCGUUUAACUUGACUUGUAAAUAUACUUUUUAAUAAUUUAUGAGUGUUUUUUUUUUAAUCAGUUUCUUUGUGACAGUGUACUUUGUUUUUGUGUAAUAGUUUUUUUUUUACUGCCUCAGCAUUGCCUGCCUUUGUGCCAAUACCUGUACACAACCUUUUAACAUUCACCAUCACUUUAGUUCUUUAAAAAAAUCUUACAUAACAUAUAUUUCCCUACCUAUAAACUUGUUCAUGUUUUAAGUUUUAAUAUUAUUUUAUUGGGUUCUUGAAUAUUGCUGUUGUGACACUGCCAUUUUGGAACCAAAUAUUGCAUUUGUCUUUCUGUUAGUAUGAAAGUUUUUUAUGUGCACACCCUAAUAUUGCACUACUAUUGUACUUCCUGUACUACUGAAAUGUAUGUAUACAAGAUCAAUAAGGAUCAUUCGAUAUUAACUCCUCCUUUUGAUUAUUUGUUAUACAUAUAAAAUAUAAAUGUAAAUCAACUCA